GCGAAGUUUGUUUUGCGAGAACGAUAAUCAUUAUUUAUAAUCAUAAAUUGGCUGAAUCAGUGAAAUGCUUGAAAUUUGAAACUAAAAUAUUAGCUACACUACGGGAACAUGGCUCGGGUACCUCAAACGUAUAGCCUCUGCAGGCCGGGGUUAAUGAAUCACCACAAAGGCGUUGAUAAUUUUGAGGUCACUUCAUGUACACCAAGCAAUCGGUCUCAAACAAUAAUGGGACAAGUGCAAGGAACGAAUAAUAUAAUCAACACCAAUGACAAACGGUUGCAUGAAAAUACUGCCCAAGUAUUCUCUACUCCAUUGCGAAGUUCUACAAUUUCUUGUCCCAGACAGGGAAAUGUUUUGGGAACCACACCAACUUCUUCAACCGUGAAAAAUGGAUCUAAUGGUACUGAGGCAUGGAGACGUAAUAAAACUGGAGUAGAGAAUCCAGAGCAAGAUUGGUCUACAGUACAUACAACUCCCACAAUUUCUUGUCCCAGACAGGGAAAUGUUUCGGGAACUUCAGUACCAAGUUCUUCAAGGGCAACCAAUCCCAUCACACCAGCAGAAGGUUUUGGGGAAAAAAAUCUCGAAGAAUUUCUUCAGGCUGUUUUUGAAGCUAACCUAACAAAAAAGUCGAAAAAAAAACUUCGGAAGCUUAUAACUCAUGGGGUUCCCGAAGAGGAAGCCAGUGAACUCUGCUUAAUGUCCUGGACAGAUAUACUCAAAAAAUAUCCCUUAAUAUUUGAAUUAGCCCCCGCUAGCGAAACUAAAAACACACAAGAUUCCCUUAGCGAGAAAGAUGGUCAGGGUUCGGCAAUCACUACAAAUACUACAAUCAGGGGACAAGAAUCACUUAAAUCCCAGAAUAUAGGUCCUAUACGCGUUGGUAUUCAAAACAAGGAACCCAUGAACUCAGACCAAAUGAAAAUGGUCCACCGUCAUCUACUCGUAGCUAUAACUAAGCAUUUCACAGGUGGCGAUGGACCAGAGUUCCUAAGCUUCACACAUAAGAAUGGUUGGAUCCAAGUUACAUGCGUUGACCAGCGUAGUAAGGAUUGGCUUAUGAAUCAGGUACAAAAUUUAGAGCCUUCGCCCGGCAUGCGACUUUCUGUCAUGCCCGAAUGGCAAUUGCCUAAUCCGCCCAAGGUUGUCACUAAGAUCCCAGGAUCAGAGGCAGGCUCGGUUCAAGAGGCCUUAAAGCUACUCAAAUCACAAAACAUAGGUCUCAACACUGGGCACUGGCAGUUGCUACAUGAGAGAGUAGAAAAGGAUAAAAGCAGGACAGUAACCUUCAUAAUUGAUGAAAAAUCACUUGCGACCCUGAUUGUCCAGAAGCUUAAAGCUGCUCUUGGAUUUAAGAUCGUAACUUUUAGAGUCAAGACAGGUGGAUCACAACUUAUGCAUCGAUUUGCUACUCAAGACCAUGAUCCUGUUAGUCCUGAUUGCAGUAUAUCUGAUGAAGACCUGGGCCUGACUUAUGCCAAGAAUAAUGUGGAAACCGAUCGGGAUAAGCACUCUUCCACACAAGCUAAAGGGAACGAAAGAAGUGGCAUAAUAGACUUAACUGUCCCAGAUCAAGAUGGAUUUGCUGCUUUAGCAGCUGCAGAACGAGUAACAUCUCAAGCUAAGAAUGGUUUUGGAGCAAAGUUUACCCAGAAUAAAGGAGUAAUAGACUUAACAGGAAAUGAUAAAUGUGAAGUAUAUGGUAACAGAUCAAGAGCUAAAGGUCAGACUUCUCAACCAAAAUUUGGAAGUAGACCAACUAUUCAGAACUCUCUAAGACCAGGUGAUGUGAGGCUCGGACAAGGCAGUAAGGAAGUAAAUCAAACUCCAGUCAGGGGCUCCCAAUCUUCCCAGAAUGGAGCACAUUUGACUGAAUACCGGGAUAGAACUCCAAGCCCUGAAGAUACUGAAGAGGGCGGGUAUAGUUCCUGGAUUAUCCAGGAACCGGAAAACUUUGCAGCAGGAAUAGUCCCUGGACUAAGCUUUUUAAACUCAGGAGGACCACCUCAACUUACAGGCGAUUAUGAACCCGGGAAUAUUCAAGACCCAACUAGGACUCCAACCGGACUGCCUUCGGAAGGCAGACUGGGAACAAUAACCGGUCAAUAUUCCAAGGAUUUAAAUGACAGAUUACCUAAAAGUUAUAGAUUGCCUGUCAAGAGAAGAAGAAAGGAUAGAAGAACUGAUCGAGAUAGACCUCCAAGGUUAAAUAGACCAUCACCUCAAAGAGGGAAUAGUCAGGACUUGCAAAUAUAUGAUAGGCUUGCAUACUGUCAGGAUAAUGACAGGAGCGAUACAGUAAAGAGUUGGGAAAACUCAUCUAUGGGAUAUCCACAAUGGAGAGAUGAUUAUUAUGAAUAUUAGGAAGAAAAACCGGACAAGUGCGAGUCAGACUCGCCCACCGAGGGUUCCGUACUUUUUUGUAUUUGUAUAGCGGCAACAGAAAUACAUCAUCUGUGAAAAUCUCAACUGUCUAUCAUGGUUCAUGAUAUCUCAUCUCAUCAGCCUGGUGACAGACAGAGGAGUCUUAGUAAUAGGGUCCCGUUUCUACCCUUUAGGUACGGAACCCUAUAAACUAAAGUAAGGUUGUGGAGACUGGUUCAAACGUAAGCGAGCGACUGACGGGUCUGAAUUUUGGCUGCGGCGGGUUUAGUAGCAUUUUCUCUGAUUUAGGGGACUUUUACAUCUCCAAAUUUAAUGCAAGGUGUAUUUGGGUAUUAUCGGAAAUUGGGUAAUUCCGAAAAAUCAUUUAACAUUUGUUUCGUUGUAAUAUGCCAAUAAAAAGGACUUAUAUUCGCCACUUAGUGUUUUAUCCUUUCAAAAUUACCUGAAUACACCUUAUUAUAAACCCCAGAGACUAUUCUUAUUUAAAAUAAGAUAUUUUGUUAUGUUAAUUACUUUGUAAGGAUUUCAUUCUGGACUAUAUCUGAUACAGUGUAUCAGAUUUAGGCCACCUAUACCAGGGAAAAAAGGAGACUACAUAUCUGACAGUUUUGAAUUGACCUCUAUCAAAGAUAUAAUAUAUAACUCCGUAUAAGCAUAGAUUAACUUAUACUAGAAUACAUUAUACUUAUACUAGAAGCAUAGAUUAACUUAUAUAGAUAGAUACAGUCUAAGGAAAAAACGUGCCUCGAAAAUCAAGAAAAUUUGAUUCUCGUUCAGAGGGCGCUACUAGUUUUGGCCUACAGUCGUAUAGAUGGCGUUGACGGUUUCGUUUUUUAUUUAACAAUUUUAACGCAUAUCAGUGAAAGAACAAGGGUCAAAAUCAUAAAAAUAAUUAAUGCAAAUAAAAAAAAUCAUUUAUCUAUAUUUAAAUACAUUCUAUCGUAUUUUUAUAAAUCUUCAUUUUUAGUUUUAAAGUGUGUCGACAGAUGGCAGUGAAUUUACUGGGGUUACGAAAUUUACUAUGACAGUACCGCUCUAGUAUAAGUUACUCUAUGGUUUGAUAUUUAACAAUUUUAACAUAUAUCAGCGGAAGAACAAGGAUAGUCAAAUGGCGUUCUAAGUUUUAAUCCUGUGUCGAAACUGUCGAAAGAUGGCAAUAAAUUUACUGUGAUUACAAAACAUAUUUUUACAAUACGCCUCUAUACUAAAUUAUCUUUGCCCUUAUAUUAUAUCUCUGGGUUGGCUAGGGUGCCUGGGGUGGAUUCAUAACUGUCAUAUUGUGAUCGUGGUGCCGACUAUAAUAAAAACAGUUUAAUUAAUUUUAUUAUUUUUAUUAGUGUAAUAAGGCUUGAGAUACGCACGUACCCCGUUCAAUAAAAUGCAUUAAUAACUUAAA